AUCGAUAGCUGGCGGCUUGGGAUGGCCAUUGCCCAUGUAUCGGUGCAAACGAAUGUGCUGGCUGACCAACACGAGCUUCUUCAACUACGCCAAGACCAACAAGCCCAUGAACAGCAAUACUACGUGGACACAAGCGUUCAAUACCUUCGAGCCGAAGCUGAAGCGCGGUCAAACGAGCUAGCGUCGGUGAUCUUCCAAACUCGUGCAGACCCAGGAGCAAUC